AUGCCGCCGCCAGGCACAUUGGCUGUUCGAGUCAAGAAGCAUGCGAGAUUACAGUUACUUGAAUCAGGACAGCGGUGGUAUAGGUUGGUCAAUGUUCAUGAAGCUCGUUCUCUCGGUUUUGAGACCGAUCGACGCUUUGCAUUGGCAGCUCUAGCGCAAGAAAUUGAAACACGACUCUGGAAACCAUGGGCAACCGGAAUUACCACAGAUUUAUAUGUUGCACCUUCGUAG